CGCACGUCUGAGGGCGGUUCGACCUGAUCGGAUCGGCGAGGCUCGUUCGAUUUCCUCGCUCGAUCGCGCGGUCUUUGUCCUGCCUCUCUUCUUCCUCUUCCUUCCACCCGUCUCUCGCUCGUCAGGGGCGUCGUCUUUGUCAUCGCCGUAAGUCACCUCGUCGUCGCAGCGACAUGGGCGGAUGUACGUCGAAGGAUACAACGUCGGGCGACGAUAAAAAAGGUAACAAUAUGGUGGACGCAGCCGUUUUGGACAAAUUGGAGUCUGGCUUUGCGAAACUAGCCGAGUCCGACAGCAAAUCGCUACUAAAGAAAUACCUUACUAAGGAGAUCUUUGAUCAGCUCAAGACCAAAAAGACCUCAUUCGGCUCCACUCUCUUGGAUGUCAUUCAGUCUGGUCUGGAGAACCAUGACUCCGGCGUUGGUAUCUACGCGCCCGACGCUGAGGCGUACACCGUCUUCGCCGAGCUCUUCGAUCCUAUCAUCGACGACUACCACGGCGGCUUCAAGAAGACCGAUAAGCAUCCUCCCAAGGACUUCGGUGACGUCGACUCCUUUGGCAAUCUCGACCCUACCGGUGAAUACAUUGUGUCGACCCGCGUGCGAUGCGGCCGUUCCUUGGAGGGAUAUCCGUUCAACCCGUGUCUGACGGAGGCGCAAUACAAGGAGAUGGAAGAGAAAGUGUCCAGCACACUGUCGGGCCUCUCCGGUGAAUUGAAGGGUACUUUCUACCCGCUCACCGGUAUGAGCAAGGAAGUGCAGCAGAAGCUGAUCGACGAUCACUUCCUCUUCAAGGAGGGUGAUCGUUUCCUUCAAGCGGCGAAUGCUUGCCGUUUCUGGCCCACCGGACGCGGCAUCUUCCACAACGAUGAUAAGACCUUCCUGGUAUGGUGCAACGAGGAAGACCAUCUUCGCAUUAUCUCUAUGCAGAUGGGUGGUGAUCUUGGACAGGUAUACCGGCGUUUGGUGACGGCGGUGAAUGAAAUCGAGAAGCGGCUGCCGUUCUCGCACAACGAUCGGUUCGGCUUCCUGACGUUCUGCCCAACGAAUCUGGGUACGACGGUGCGCGCCUCGGUGCACAUCAAAGUCCCGAAACUUGCAGCGAACAAGGCCAAGCUUGAAGAAGUCGCGGCCAAGUAUAAUCUGCAGGUGCGCGGCACUCGCGGCGAGCACACCGAGGCUGAAGGCGGCAUCUACGAUAUUUCCAACAAGCGCCGUCUUGGUCUGACCGAGUACCAGGCUGUGAGGGAGAUGAACGAUGGCAUCGCCGAGCUCAUCAAACUCGAGGCCAGCCUCUAAACUCGCCCCCGCCUCCCGAUACACACCUCGUAUUUGUUUAUUCUCCCAUCGUAGCCCCGUUGGACGUUACUGUAUUAUGUGACGUCACGCUGGAAGCUGUGUCUACGGCGUGAGGAUUUUAUUAUGAGAAUAAAUCGCAAGAGCCUGAUUUAGAAAAUCGUUCAACGACGAUCUAACGCCAGUGGGCAUCGAGCUUGUCAGCUAUUUUUCGCGAUAUAUAUAUAUCGUAAUUAGCGCUGUCUGGUACGAUGUAAGCUGCUCUCGCGCCGUAUUUUUUCAUUGACUUUUUUGUUUAAUAAAAACAUUCGUAACAAAAGAAUAGUUACAAUAAAUUAUCCUAUUGAAUACAGGAUACAAAUUUUUAAAGAUAAAUCCUAUUUUGUUAAUUUACAUAUGCUUUCUAUUAAUUUAUAUUACGUAUGUAUGAUAUCUGUUUGUCAUUAAUCAAAAAUAUGAAAUAAUUAACUGAAUGAAAAGAGGUGAAAUAUGCGUUAAAAAGUAAGAAGGCUUUAUGGAGACCGGCUUGCAUCGCACUCCGCACGUUGUAUUCGACAGAAUUUUAGUUUCGUUCACUUGUUCCUUCUUUUUUUUUUUGUUCUUAGUAAUGUAAUUUCGAAAUAUCGGGAAGUGUUUUCUCGAGGCAAUGCACUCGCGAUUAUUUCGUUUUUAAUUCUUUCCUUUUUGUUUUAUUGCAAUUCGUUAUUGAUAAUAUAUAGUUACGCGCGUUCACACACUUAUUGUUAGUAGUGCUCUAGUAAUAGUCCCCUGCAAUUUGUCGUGAUUGUCUAAUUAAACGAGAUAAUGGGGGAAAAGAAAGGGAAAAUGUCGUCGCUGUUUUAAAAGAUACUCGUUUUACGACGACGGUUUUUAAUUUGUCCGUGUUCUUGAGAUCAUCACGGAACAUCAAGGGUUGCGGGAGUGCUGUUCUCGGUGCUCUGCGAUCUUCUAGUCUGCGAAUGGGUGAAGAGAGCGACAUUCAUGUUUUUUCAUUCUCUUUUUUACGACGGUAAGAGGUCAAGAAGGAACAUCUGCGCGACGGAUAUUAACACGCACUACAAAACACGCGAACAAGCGUUGCGGCAUAUUACAGAGACAGUGUAUUACCAACAGAUUCGACAAGAUGUACGAUGAGAACACAAGUAAUGAAACACGAAAAUAAAAAGACGUACACAU